CAGCCCAAUAUUUCAAAAGCCUAUCUCAUUCGCCGCCCCAUCCCUUCCUACUUACGAAAGCAAACCGCAGAGGCGCAGAAGCUAGAGGACGAAGCCUACUGCCGAAACCGAAUCGGAAAGAGAGUGCCGACUGCUAGAACGCCGCCGGUAGAGAGACGCCGCUGCACCCUCCAGGCACCCUCCAGACGCCGCCGCACCUUCCAACUACUUCAACGGUAUCUUUGCGAUGACUGAAACCCCCAAGGACAAAUCCAGUAAAGCCGAAAAGAUAAAGAAGCAAGACAAAAGUAAGCGGAAGAAAUUAAAUGUGAACGAAAAUGAUGGUGACAAGCAUGACAAGGGAGAAGAAAGGACCUUGAAGAAAGAAAAGAGAACUAAGAGAAAGAAUGUGGAGAAGAAGAAGAAGAAGAAAGACAUAGAUGAGAACAUGGCAGAACAUGAGUUAAAGGAAGAGAAAAAAAGGGAUAAGGUUAGAAAGAGGGAGGAAGAUGACGAAGGAAGAGAAGAAGAAGAAGAAGAAGAAGAAGAAGAAGAAGAAGAAGAAGAAGAAGAAGAAGAAGAAGAAGAGCAGGAGGAAGAUGAUCAGGAAGAGGAAGAAGAAGCCAAAGAGGCAGAUGAGGAUGCGGUGAAGGAGAUAAAGAAGGUAGUAAGGAGUUCCAGCUCAGGGAUAAUGAGUAUAGAAUCGUUUGAUACUUUGGGUCUCUCAGAGCUGACUAUGAAAGCUAUUAACGAGAUGGGGUUUAAGCACAUGACUAAGAUCCAAGCUCAAGCCAUUCCUCCAUUGUUGGAAGGAAAAGGUGUUCUUGGUGCUGCAAGGACUGGAUCUGGUAAAACUCUUGCAUUUCUCAUACCGGCUGUUGAAAUGUUAUUUAAUGUUCAAUUUACGUAUCGCAAUGGAACUGGAGUCAUCAUCAUUUGCCCCACUAGGGAACUGGCCAUUCAGACUCAUGCUGUGGCAAAAGAGCUGCUUAAGUAUCACUCACAGACUCUGGGAUUGGUUAUUGGAGGUGCAGCGCGAAGAGGGGAAGCUGAGCGUCUUACGAAAGGAGCAAACCUUUUAGUAGCUACCCCUGGGCGUCUUCUCGAUCAUCUUAACAACACCAAGGGCUUUGUAUAUAAGAACUUGAAGUGUCUCAUCAUUGAUGAAGCCGAUAGGAUACUAGAAGCAAACUUCGAAGAAGAAAUGAAACAGAUUUUGAAACUUCUACCCAAAGUGGAUAGACAAACUGCUCUAUUUUCUGCUACACAGACUAAGAAGGUAGAGGAUCUUGCUCGCUUGUCUUUUCAAACAACUCCUGUCUACAUAGAUGUGGAUGCUGGAAGAAAGAGGGUAACAAAUGAAGGACUCCAGCAGGGGUACUGUGUCAUCCCUAGUGCUAAGCGGUUUGUCCUUCUUUAUUCCUUUCUGAAGAAGAACCUUUCAAAGAAAGUAAUGGUUUUCUUCUCUUCGUGCAACUCUGUAAAGUUCCACUCAGAACUACUUCGAUACAUCGGCAUUGAAUGUUUAGAUUAUUAUGGAAAGCAAAAGCAGCAAAAAAGGACAUCUACCUUCUUUGAUUUCUGCAAACUCGAAAAAGGCAUAUUGUUGUGUACAGAUGUUGCUGCAAGGGGUCUUGACUUUCCUGAUGUGGACUGGAUUAUACAGUAUGACCCCCCAGAUUGUCCUACGGAAUAUAUUCACAGAGUAGGUAGAACAGCUCGUGGUGAAGGUGCCAAGGGGAAUGCCUUGCUUUUCUUGAUUCCGGAGGAAUUGAUGUUUCUUUCUUAUCUUCAGGCGGAAAAAGUACCUGUAAAAGAAUAUGAAUUUGAUAACAAAAAGCUGGCAAAUGUGCAGUCUCACCUGGAGAAGUUGGUUUCAAAUAAUUUUUAUCUGAACAAAUCUGCUAAAGAGGCUUAUAGAUCAUACAUAUUGGCAUAUAAUUCACACUCCAUGAAGGAUAUAUUCAAUGUACACCGGCUUGAUUUGCAGGCGGUGGCGGCGUCUUUCUGUUUUUCAUCUCCCCCAAAAGUAAGCUUGAAUAUAGACAGCAAUGCGUCCAAGUUCAGGAAGAAGCGCAAAACCGAAGGAAGAUCGAAUGGGUUCAGCAAGGACAGGCCUUAUGGGAAGUAAAGUGGUGGGGAUGACAAGUGAGGUCUGCAGCUAAAAAUGGUUUCUUGCUGGCAAAGAGGUGGAAGAGUGUCUUCUUUAUAUUAACAUUUUUGGACCUUUAUAUAUUUAUAUUACUGCAUUUAUGGUUUGUUUUUCUAACUUUUUUUGGGCAUUUAGGGAAAUUUGUGGAAAAGUAGUGCGUUGUACGGAGUAUUUGUUUGUUACCGAGUAGUUUAUCUUGGAGUACUUUUUUUGAGCACACAAAAACCUUUUUUUG